AUGGAGGCGAAUUCGCUCUCCGAUAUUACACGGCUUGCUUCCAACCCACCCAAAUACCCUCGAAAUCCAACAGAGCAGCAGAGGAAGCCUUUGACUCUCUACCUUGAAAGGGUUCCUGGCACCAGAGAUAUUAUUCUCACAACACUCAGACCGCUGCUGAAAAAUGUCACUGCUGAGGACAUUGCUAGUUCUCUUUACUAUCUACAUCUUAAUACUGAGGAUGACCUUCGUUUUCUUGAAGAGGACGAUGCUGCCAUACCUGAAGAGACGCAAUCUCUUGCUGCGUCUUUGCAGAAGCCAUUACUUCGUAAACCAGUGCCAGAGUCUGCUCGAUCGUCACUUGACCAGCCGAAUCCACUGGCAAAGCCUUCAACGAAUCUUUCAAAUCGAGAUGGGGCAACUGUCGGUUUGACAGCAGAUCGCCCACCCGCCACUGAAGUAAAACAGUCAAUUCCACGGCGGCCGUUGGGACCUCGCCCGCAGCAGACUGAAAAGACCUUUGAAAGGAAGCCACUCCCUGGUGCCGAGAACACACCGCUAGGGACCUCGCAAGACCAAACUCUCCACCCAAGAGUCAGUAGGGAGAGUGCAAGAAGCUACAAGUCUCAGGAUCCAGUCUUCGAAAAUGCUGGCAAGCUUAGACAAAGUUCGUAUGAUGUUUUUUCAAUAACCAUUAUCCGCCGUGAUCCAUCCUCUGGUGCUCAGUGGAACGUCGGAACUGUCUCUGGCCGACCAACUGUAGAUGAUGGAAAUGAUCGACAGGGAAAAUCUUCAUCUCCAUCGAAGAAGCCAUACUAUGACAUGUCGAUCCAGCUCACAAGUCCUGGUUAUACAUACUUCCGCAACCCACAACCUGUUGGCUCUCUAGGAGACAUGACUACAAUGAGGGGACAAUCAUCUGUGUCUAAUUCUAUAAGAGAUAGUCUCGAGGCCGGUGGAUCGCAAGCACUACCCAGUCAAAGCUUCGAUCGUGAGAUACGUAUGGAGGGUUCUAGCUUCUGGACUCGUCAACGCCAAACAGGAGGCUCCGAUGCGUCCAGCAAACAAGGUGCCCGAGGCAGAAGCUUUAGUGGGAGUUCUUUCACCGAGGCAUUGGCAAACACUCCUCUGGGACCUGGUGGAGAUCCAAACAAUUCUUCAUCCAAGGGAUAUGUCUUUUACAGCCCCUGGAACGGCCGCUGUAAGUUCUCCACGGGUGGUGCUGGUCGCACAGUGCGUUGCAAGCAUUCUCUGCCGAAUCCAACUACUACGACAGAGUCUUUGGCUACCGCACAUUCAUCUGCAACUGUGAGUGAGCUGCGCUUCAAUUUACCCGCUGCAGCCGUCUUCGCCUCUGCCAAAUCCGCGAUCAAAAAAGAAUUCAAGGAUUCUGGCUUGUCAGCAAAGAUAGGUCAUAUUCGAAACAAGCUAUCGUCAGAAAAAGCAUCUCUCGAUUCUACGCCUCGGCCACACUCAACUUCGUACGCAGCGACGUAUCCAAGUGAUGAUGACGACGAACGUCCUCCACUUCCCCCUCGGCUGAAUCAUGAUUCUUUGGUGACAGAUUCAAGUGAUGAGGGAGAACGCCCCCCUCUUCCGGAACGACCAAAUGCAACUUCAUAUGCAGCAGACUCGUGGGUGGGAGAAGAUGAUAGCCGUCUUGACCUUAGCCUUGGACAGGAGAAAGCCGGAGGGGGCAACAGGGGCAAGCGUGCAAAGCUUGGAAAGUUAAUCAUAUACGACGAAGGGUUUAAGAUGUUAGACCUCGUAGUCGCGGCAAACAUGGGGAUAUGGUGGAGUGUGUGGGUGGGUUUCCCUCGGAGCGAUUUCCAGAGUUCGAACAUCUCAUAUUUACCACGAUAUUCUACGAGGAAAAAGCUAACUCGACCAAUUUUACAGGAGUCUGAUCAUCGGGAGGAUAUCAACAGCCCACAAUAA